CGCCACAAGUGUAGAAAGUUCUGUGAGAAUAACGGGUGUCCUGGGUUUGUGCGAAAGCGCGCGACGGGCAACUUUACGCGAUCCGCUCGCGUCCGGGCAAAAUGGACUGGCCAUGCUAGCUCGUGCGCGUCUUGACUUCUAUUGAUGCUACAUGGCCAUGUGACGUGAUAUCUUGCGUUUGAGUGAACAAUAUCGCGUAUUUGCUCUUGAAAUCUAAAGUCAUUUUUCCGCCUGUUCAAUGGUGCACGAAUAGUUGUCACCCUGUCCCAAGGAGUCGUUAUGACCGUGGAGACGAUAUUUCUCGCCGCAAGGCAAGGCGAAAUAGAAACGCUUAAAGUGCAGUUAGAGGAAAAAGUGCUCAAUGGCGAUGUGAAGGACUCACUCGGAGCGACACCCGCGCAUCACGCGGCGCGCGCUGGAAAGCUCAACUGCCUCCAGUUCCUGGUGGAAGAAGCGGGUUUACCGGCGAACAGCCUGGCUCAUAACGGCGCGAGCCCCGCUCAUGACGCGGCGGCCACCGGCAACCUGGCGUGUUUGCAAUGGCUGCUGACUCAGGGAGGCUGUCGAGCUUCGGAUACAGACAAUUCAGGAGCGACCGUCCUGCACCUGGCUUCACGCUUUGGCCAUCAUGAGGUCACAGACUGGUUACUAAAGAGUGGAGAAGGGGAUCCCAGCGUUGCCAUGGACACAGGCGCUGUUCCUGUUCACUACGCUGCUGCUAAAGGCGACUUGACCAUGCUCAGUCUGCUGUUGGGACACAGCGCAAACGUUGUCAACGUCCAAACCAAGAAUGGUGCCACACCUCUGUAUCUUGCAUGUCAGGAAGGCCAUCUAGAGGCUGUCCAGUACCUGGUGAAAGAGUGUGGAGCAGAGCCAACCAUUAGAGCCAAUGAUGGAAUGACGCCUCUCCAUGCUGCUGCCCAGAUGGGACAUAACACUGUCAUUGUUUGGCUGAUGGACUUUACUAACAUCAGCCUGUCUGACCGGGACAACAACGGUGCCACUGCCAUGCACUUUUCCGCCAGCCGAGGCCAUGCCAAGGUUCUCAGCUGGCUUCUUCUUCACGGUGGUGAAAUCAUGACAGACAACUGGGGUGGGACGCCACUCCAUGAUGCAGCUGAGAAUGGAGAGCUGGAGUGCUGUCAGAUUCUGGUAGUAAAUGGAGUGGAUCUUGGAAUCCGGGACCAGGACGGCUUUACCGCAGCAGACCUGGCUGAUUAUAACGGACAUGAGCAGUGUGCCAAGUAUCUCCGUACAGUCGAAAACAUGAGUGUGGAGCACCGUGUCUUGUCUCGGGAUCCUUCAGCAGAUCUGGAGUAUAAGCAACCUGACUCAGGCCACUCAUCUCCAAAUGCCACUUUAAACACGGCGGCCCGUUUCGACAUGGGCUCUCCUUCCAGCUCACUGUCCAACUACGACUCGUCCAACUCGUCCAGUCAGUCCAACACUGGGGAGAAAAAGAGCGGCUCUGCACCAUUACGAGUAGCAGGGGGCCCUGAAUCAGCCAUCACUGACAUGCAGACCUAUAUGGACAUGCUGAACCCUGACCUCAGUGUUGGGGACCAGAACAAGAGGGGGCCAUCGCAACCUGCUCCCCCUCCUCCACCGCCUCCUCCGCCUCCUCCUCCUCCAACUUUUCCUCCACCUCCUCCACCGCCUCCACUUAGCGUUCCGAAUAACUCCCCUUCUCGACCGCCACCUCCGCCUACUUACCCUGCACCAAAUCUUCCCGAGGAGGAGUCUGCUGAAUUUCUGAAGGUGAAGAGCAAAUUGCGUCACGUGGACAAUAACCCAGUAAACAAAGAGUUAUCAGGAGUGGAAAACCCAGACAGACUGCGGCGGGUGGACUCCAACAGGAAGUCAAGAAGCUUCAGUAAGCAGCCCAGCACUGGAGACUAUUACAAGUCCCUGGGCAACGACAUCACGGACGGGCAACCAGGGACAGCCAUGUCACCCAAUGAGGAGGGUUCAGUCCUGUUGGAGGAGCAGGCUGAUGCCUCCCCUGUAGUGGAGAAUGGCACAGGAGAGAGCGAGGACCCUCCCAUGCCACCUCCAGCGCCUCCUUUGCCUCCAGCCCAGAAUCCACCUCCAGCACCCCCUCUUCCUCCUGGGGUCCCACCACCUCCCCAGAGCAGCAACACCAACACUGCAGUGACCCCCAACCAGCGCCGCAUGUCCUCCUCCUCCAGCAGCACUAAAUCCUUCAACAUGAUGUCUCCCACUGGUGACAACUCCGAGCUUAUGGCUGAAAUUAAAGCUGGGAAAAGCCUGAAGCCCACGCCUCAUAGUAAAGGCUACACGACCAUCUACUCCAGCGGUGGCACUCCAGCGAAUGGAGAAAGUCCAGGAUCGCCAACUCAAUCCGAACCCCCGUCUGAACCCCAAUCUCAACCCCAAUCUCAACCUGAACCCCCUGAGACCGAUGCGGUCCAAUCGACAAACACGUCAUCUACUCCCACCUCCCCAUCCACAUCCGGAGUUCCUUCGGCUCGUGGCAAUUUUCCCCAGAACCUGAGCACAUUACCUACCUGUGAUGACGUACCUGUUAUGGUGAACGGCAACAGUGCCUCUGGUCAGCCCCGCAAGUCCACUGGUGUGGAUAUAGAGGCCCUGGUGCCCACUCAUGACGAACAAGGCAGAGCCAUUCCUGAGUGGAAGAGGCAGGUGAUGGUGAGGAAAUUGCAAGCAAAGAUGCAGGAGGAAGAAGAGAGCAGGAAAAAGGCUAUCGAGGAGGAGGCUCGGCUUGCAUCCAUGCCUGCUUGGAGAAGAGACAUCAUGAAGAAAAAGCUGGAUGAAGAAAAAGAGCAGAAAAGGAAAGAAGAAGAGCGAAUGAGGGCUGAGAAGGAGAACGAAGAGAAGUUGGAGCUGGAACGGCUGCGCACAUUAGGCUAUGACGAGACCAAACUGGCGCCGUGGCAACGGCAGGUCAUUUUAAAGAAAGGCGACAUCGCCAAAGAGUAGUCUGUCCCCAUUCUGUUUUACACGCAUCUCUGUCCUUCCAUCACCCGCAGGACAUCGCAUUAACCACAAUCCAUCAGCUCUAUCCGACAUACUGAGGGGCUCAGCACAAAGCAUGGCUGUUUGAAUUCAUCCAGCUACAGAUUUGUCCAGGACUGUUUAUGGAUCAACUCUUUAUAUCAACAAUUAUGUGUAAUUCUAAAAGCUUAUAAUUCAUUAGAAAUCCUUUAUUUGUGCGCCUGUAGAUUUAUUAUAAAAGAAAAAGAAAGAAAAAAAAAAAAACAUUGUUAGCAUGCCAGCACUAAUAUUACAAAUUCAUACAAUAUUUCAAUGCAGCUAAUGUCUUCAUAUUUCCACAGUCAAAGUAUUUUUAUGUCUAGAAAGAGCAAUUAUGAUGUAUAACCAUUUUCAUUUUUUCUACCUAUCAAUCAUUCUAUAGAAAAUUUUAAUGCAGCAUAUUAAUUGAACAGAUCCUGACAUGAAACUACACGCAAGUGCACAGAAACAAUUAUUUUAAGAAUAAUUUAAAUGCUUUUGGCAUAUGAGAUAAAAAAAAUAUAUAUAUAUUAUGGACGUUUGAGCAUGUCUUUUAGUUAAUUUAGUUAGCAAUCAUCCAAUUUAUUAAUUGAUGGAUUCGUAAUUAUUAUCAUUCAUUUUAUUUGUUUAUUUUUAACACAGUUAUGAAAAUGUAAAAUUGUCCAUACUUGCCUGUAACAAUAGCAUUGACCAUAUUUUCAAUUUAAAUAAUGAACAGAAAAUUAAUUCAAGAUCUAUAAAAAAAAAAAAAACACAAAAUUUACUCUAGGAGAAGAUUGUAUUUAAACACAUGGGCAGAUUACAUGAAUAUGAUUAUACUUUAUUCUGUUACCACUCUACAUUCACUUUUGUUUUUUUGGAAUGGAUAAUUAUGAUGACAUUGUACAUCCAUUUUGAUUAGCACACUUUCUUCUCACUUCAUUUUCUUAUAACAGUAGACUGGACCUUGGAAAAAGUGCCGGACGUGUCUUUCUGAGUGUCUGUGUAAAUAUGUAAUGUCUGUUCUGUGUCAUAAAAUGUGUGAUAGUUAAAUGUUGUGUAUUUUAAUUUUAGAGUGUAUAUUUUUUUUCAAGUGUAAAAAAAGAUCGUCUUUCUCAUACAAUUAUGUGCAAUGCAUGCAAUAUUUGGUUUAACUUCAUUUGAUGCCAUAUUGAUGUUUAAAAAAAAGUUAUACACAAACAAUUGCCAUUAGAAGAUUUUCUAUUUAUGAAUAAUGUAAAUAGUUAUUUUGUGGAAAAAGAUUCUGCUGCCCUUUCGUUGCUUCAUCAAGGUUCAAAUUUCCGUUAAGCUUCAUCAAGGUUCUUCCUCAUCUUUUGCUUGCAAUGAUUUAUUAAUGUAAACCAUCAUCAUCAGACGGGCAUAUGUAAAAAAAUAAAAUCAUUUGAUUUCUUGGAAAUUCAUGGUGCCAGCUUUGAAUUUAUCAUAAUGUCCUGCUUGGAAAUUACCUAUUAUGCAAU